AUGUGGCACGGUGGUGGCGCAAAGCGACUCGGAUAUGAAAACCGCCCAUUUGUGCCGAGCCACUCGUGGAUGGGCCAAUCGAUAUAUAAGCACGCUGCAGUGACUGUCCUUCAGCUCACCAACCGAACCCACCGCUCUGUUUUGACGAGUACUACUGUGCGCCCUUUCGUCUCUGUUCAAGAAAGUCUCCCUUGUCCAAAUAUCAACAACAAGAUGUCGUUGACGACUGGCUCCCCCCGCUACUUCUACAAGACAGAGAGUGGGGUAGCAUUGCCGCUCGAAACGCCCCAAGAUUUCGCAUUGUUCCUCCAGGACAUUCCACAGAACGGCGGGCCGUACUUGCGCGUUCUCCGUCUGUCUGAUCUGGUCUGCGAAAUGUUGACACGCCAGGACCAUCAUCAGUGGUUGGUAUACUUCGCCAAGGUUCUGUCUGGCGCCUCCAAUCUACAAGAGCUUAGGCUGGGUCAUAGUCAAAACCUGCUUCUAGCGCCGUCAUCCCUUUCCACUUCCAUCAGAAACUGUCGGUCCCUCAAAGUUCUCGAACUACACGCGGGAGGGCCCCUGACGAUCGCGAUGUUGCCCAAAAUGACAGGCCAACUUGUCCAUGUUGUCCAUCAGGUUGAUUCAAUGGACGACCAUUAUGAUUAUUCACAGUUCUUCCGUUGCGCUGCCAUGCAGAAUCUCAAGAUCCUUGCCCUCGACUGUUUCGAGCACUCCGACCAUCCCUUCCGUAUCGGGGGCUGGCGGUGUCAUUCGCUGGAAUCCCUCACACUCAGAUACAGUUAUGCGCCUGUGGACUACCUUGUCAAAGCAAAUCCUCACCUCCGCGAUCUGACUCUCACAGAAGUUCAAUCCUGCGACGCGUUUUCGGGGAAUUGGCCCUUUUUGCACCGUCUUUCCAUCGAUGCAAUCGGCCUGGAUCAGUUUGCAAUCGCAUCCGGCGUGUUUCACCUGGAUUUAAUGCGAUGCGAUGCAGCUGAGCAAGAUGACGACAUCAGGGAAACCGACCUGAUUCCACAAGCCGUGAAGAACACCGGGCCCACCGAGCUCUCACUCUCGACGAGUUUUAAAGUCCGGCAGCAAUUAUGGAGAAAACUAGUGGCCAGCAUGUCAAGCGUCCGGUCUCUGGAGAUAUGCUUCGAGGCUGUUAUGGCCUCCGAAUCGGAAUGUCAGGACAUGAAGACAUGGAUGAAUGAGGUCCUGCCUCUCCUUCUGGGCUCCCAAGUCGAGACGCUGACGAUCAAAGUACACACUUGGGCCCGUAAUACAUGGGUCUAUACCCCGGACGGACCUCUACGUAUUUCUCCUGAGGUCGGCGACGAGGUUUUUACACCAUUCCGCAACUUGUGCAUGGUGCUGGGUCCGCAACUUGGCAACAUCAUCUCCGAAUUUGGGCAUCUCGGAAAGCUCCAAACUCUCUCUGUGGAGGUUCACGAAGGUGAUCAAUUGGGCGUGAGCACGAGCAAAGCCGCGUUCGUGCAAAAAUGGCAGGUCUCCAGGUCGGAAUACAACCAAUGCCAACUUUGGGCCGUAUCUCCGUGA